AAGUUAUCUAGUGUCUUGUGUAGUUUCUUGAGUCACCACCACUCAUGUAUGCUACAUUAUCCUUCGCUUCUUUUUUCCCUACAAUUUCUCAAAAUGUCACCACAACUUCAAUCUUCAUAAUUAGCCGCACUAAUACCUACUCGACCAGACCUCCAAAAUCCAUUUGCCAGAGUCCGCAACCGUCCACCACUCGUUGUUGGGCUAGACGGCAAGUUAGAUACAAUGACGACGAAGAUGAAAACGACCAAGAAUAUGGACACAAUGAAGAAAUAGCAAUGUUGGAAUUCUAUAGCCAAAUUGCACAAGAAGCACUUUUGGUUAAAGCAAUAGUGGAUGACCAAGAAGUUGAAGUUCUUAUCUUCAAGGGAUUCUCGUCGAGCUUGAGCUCAGAAACUCCUCCCGACCCAACAAGGAGUAUUCUUCCGGAAAGAGCGGUUAUUAAAGGCAUUGAUCGAGUUAAAGGCCCUUUUGAUCCAUCUAAUAUCGAUUACAUUGAGAAGGACUUAACCGUUGAGGCUUUUAAAGAAGUUGUUGAGAAAAUAAAAGCCAUUCAACAAUCCAAAUGAGUGUCCAUGUCAAUUCUUGAUUAUCAUGUGUAAUGUAAUAGUUGGCAAUGAUUUAUUUGAUGUUUUUGACA